ACCGAAGACCUGGGCCUGGUGACGGGCGGCGCGACGGAGCGCGCCGUGGCGACGGCCGCCGAGGAGACGGCGCCUGGCGACGAGGCGACGACGGAGGUGGCGGGCGCCACGACGCUGGCCGACGGCGGCCCCACGCUGGCCGCCGUGGGCGACAAGGGCGCCUACGACCUCUACGCCAUCCUGCGCCAGGGCCAGGCCGAGGCCAACCUCGUGGACGGCGCCACCGACAGCGCCUCCGAGGGCGACGACGAGAGCGGUGAUAAGCCAAUGGACAUGAUAAACACCCCUCUUCAUUCCAGUGAGCCCACGGGCGAACGGAAACCACUGAACCCGCCCAACGACCACCCGGCGCCGACCACCACGACUACUGUAGCACCACAACAACACGACCACGACACCACGACGCCCCGCACCACCACACACGACCACCACGACACCAGGCGCCACGCACGGCAAGAGGCGCAAGCCCGGCGCGCCCGGCAACCCGGCGGGCGCUUCCAGGGCUUCCACCGGCCGCCGCCUCCACAACCGAGGCGCCGAGCACCUCGCCGCCGACGCGCACGCGCGGGACGCUUCGGCAGCCACAGCAGAAGCCGCUUCGCGGCGGCGGCAGCGCAGGAGGCGCGCACGCGCGCCACCACCGCGCCCCCGCCACACGGCGCCGAGCGCAGCGGCGACGACGCGCCCGCCUCCGCCGCCCCGCGCGCCCGCGCGCGACCC